GAGGGAGGGCGGGCGGCGCACCUGCGCUCGGGGGCGGUUGCGGAGGGCGUUGGCGGCAGGCGCCGUGCGGGUGGAGGCUGGUACCUCAGCGGCGGGGAGGCCGAGAGCUGAGAUUUAUUAGGUAACAACAUCAAAAAACCUUUCUUUCGUCUCUGGAGUUGAACACACAUUCUUUGUAGAAGAAUGGAUUUGUUGACAUUCAACCAAUUUACAGUACUUCUCUGGAAAAAUUUUACCUUAAAGAGGAGGCAGUUGAUUAAUUUAAUAUUGGAAGUCUUAAUAACAUUGAUGUUUCCAAGUAUAUUUUUGCUAUUACGCACAUUUACUGAAGUGAGUGCUGGUGGACCUCACAGUUUUAUUCCUCAAAGCAUCAGUACUCUGCCUUCUUUCCUCCAAAAUCCUCAAGAGUGGGAAUUGAUCUACAUGCCUUCUAAUGUUAAUGUGGUAAAAGAGAUCACUGAGAAUAUGAAGAGGAAUCUAAACAUCAGUAUAAAAGUUCAAGGCUUUUCUUCGGAAACCGAGUUUGAGAGGUACGUGAAGUAUGACCACAGAUCUCACAAAGUGCUGGCUGCCGUGGUUUUUGACUGUGACUUCACAAACAGCAAUGAUCCUCUGCCACUGCAGGUAAAAUAUCAUCUGCGUUUUGUUAGGAUACCGAGGAGUUUCAAUUCGAAAGAUGUGUUCAACUGGAAAACAUCCUUACUCUUUUCUUCUCACACCACUUCAGGACCCAGGAACCCAGCUGACGAUGAUGGAGGAAGUCCUGGGUACAUCAGGGAAGGGUUCCUGGCUGUCCAGCAGGCCUUAGAUAAGGCCAUCAUGCUGUAUCAUGGGAGCAGUGCUGCCCAGAAACUGUUUGACGGCCUCAGCAUCUUCAUACAGAGAUUUCCACACCCAGCUUAUUCUCGUGAUGGAUUAGUUUGGAUCACUCGUGAUUUAUUCCCCUUGAUGUUUGUUCUCAUGUUCUCUCCAAUUGUACUUUCCAUUAUGCGAUCCCUUGUGUGGGAAAAGCAAAACGGAUUGAAGGAGUACCAACUUAUAAAUGGACUUAGAAACUGGAUGAUCUGGGCUUCGCAUUUCUUCACAGUCUUCUUUUUUUAUAUCAUUAUGAUCUCUUUGAUAUGUGUGUUAUUCUUUGUCAAGAUUUUCAAUGAGCCAGUCUUCCGCUACAGUGACUAUGGUUUCGUCUUUGUCUUUUUUACAUGUUACGCCAUUGCUUCAAUCUUCUUUGCCUUUAUGGUUAGCACAUUCUUCAGUAAAGUCCGUUUGGCGGUUACUGCUGGAAGCAUGCUGUAUUUUGCCAGUUUCUUUGCAUUUAAAUCCAUUGCUCAAUACUACGAUCAGCUGACCCUCGCCAAGAAGGUGGCUGCCUGUCUCAGCUGCAAUGUUGCUUUGGCUCUGGGCGUUAAUCUUAUCCUCCAGCUGGAAAUACAGGAAGUUGGGGUUAAGUGGCAUAAUCUUUGGACACCAGCCAACCUUCAGGAUAACCUCAUUUUUGCCUAUAUAUUGGGAAUGCUGUUACUUGAUGCUUUCUUGUAUGGCCUUGUGACCUGGUAUGUAGAAACUGUCUUUCCAGGGCAAUACGGCAUGCCCCAACCAUGGUUCUUUUUUCUUACGCGCUCAUACUGGUUUGGCCAAUCAAGCAUUAGUAAGGAAGAAGAAGAAAUGAAACACUAUGGGAGAACUCAAAGCAAAUAUUUUGAGGCUGAACCUGUUACACGGGUGGCAGACAUCCAGAUUGAACAUUUGUACAAGGAAUUUGGCAACAAAGUAGCAGUAAACAACAUGUCUAUGAAUUUAUAUAAGGGGCAGAUCACUGUUCUUCUAGGAGAAAAUGGGGCAGGAAAAACCACAACCUUGUCUGUUCUCACAGGUUGUUCCCCUCCUACCAGAGGGGAGGCCUACAUCAACGGGUAUGCCGUCUCCAAGCACAGAGUCGAUGUUCGAAAGCACAUGGGCUUCUGCCCUCAGCAGAACUGGCUGUUCGGUGACUUGACGCUGUCAGAGCACCUUUACUUCUACUCGAUGGUAAAAGGGAAAUGUCAAAAGAUUUACCCUAUGGAAAUUGACCAUAUGCUGUUUACUUUUAACCUGCAAGAAAAGCGUGAUACAUUUUCAGAAUUACUAAGUGGAGGAAUGAAGCGCAAACUCUCCCUCAUGAUAGCACUUAUAGGAGGCACCAAGGUGGUGAUACUUGACGAGCCAACAACUGGCAUGGACCCCGUCUCAAGGAGAGCCACCUGGAGUCUCCUUCAGGAGUACAAACAGGAUCGUACCAUCUUGCUGACCACCCACUACAUGGACGAAGCUGACGUCCUGGGUGACCGCAUAGCCAUCAUGGUGAAGGGAGCCCUGCAGUGCUGUGGCUCUUCAUUCUUCCUGAAACAAAUAUACGGUGCCGCCUAUCACAUAGUCCUGGAGACGGAUCCACAGUGUGAUGUGGGAAAGAUCGUGGCCGUGAUUCAGUCUCAUGUUCCGGAUGCCACUUUGGAAAAGUAUACUAGAACUGAAUUAUCAUUUAUCCUACCCAAAGAAUAUGCAUACAGGUUUAAGGAUCUGCUUAAUGAUCUGAAACAAGACCACAAAGAGCUGGGCAUUGCUGCAUGUGAUGCUUCAGUCACAACCAUGGAAGAAGUCUUCCUUAAGGUCCAUGAGCAGGCACAUUCCCAAGUGGAUAUUCAGCCUAUCGAGUCCUUUUCCUUCAUGAGCCAAAAAAUGAGACAAGACAUGGGGCAGAAUAUGAUUAUGUCCAGAAGUUACCAGACAUCAAUUUUUUCCAGAUUGAAUGAAAUUGCUACCAUUAAAUUUAAUACUGGGUUUCCACUUUACUGCCAGCAAUUUCGUUCCAUGUUUAUCAAGAGAGCGCUAUUCAGUUGGCGCAACUGGAAGUUGGUGUUGCUACAGAUAUUAAUAACUUUGGCUGUCACCGUGUAUCUCUUAAUAGAUAAAAACUCGAAAUCUGACAUGCCCGCCAGAGAUAUGGAUUUGAGUCAAUAUGGUCGAACAAUUGUGCCUUACUCAGUUUCAGGAAAUUCUGAUUUGGCUCUGAAACUCAUAAAGAACCUUAAUAUUUUUCUAAAGCUUCAGAAUCAAGAACUUCGUAAAGUGCAAGGUAAUGUAGCAAAGCACAUACUGGAAAAUCAAGAGUACCGUUUCUCCUCCAUUAUCGCACUUGCCAUUAAGGUUGAGAACAACAGAACAGUAGUUACUAUUUUGUUCAAUAAUGAGGCUUACCAUUCAGCUGCAACGUCGCUGGCGGUGUUAGACAGUGUUCUCUUCAUGUCCCUUUCUGGCCCCACGGCUUCCAUCAAAGUCUCCAACAAGCCCCAGCCUCUCCAUCAUUAUGGCUCUCACUUCGUACCUAUGAAAGCGUUACACAUAGUGUUGGUUUUGGCUUUCGGCAUGGCGAUUAUGUUCGGUGGCUUUGGCUUCCAGACAGUGAUGGAGAGGACCACGAAGGCGAAGCACAUCCAGUUUGUGAGUGGGGCCUGUGUGCUCACGUACUGGCUCUCGGCCUUGCUCUGUGACCUCAUCUGCUUCUCCAUCCUCUGCUGCUUAUUCCUGGGCGUGUUCAAGUACUGCGAAGUGGACUACCUUGUGGAAGAUUACCACUUCCUGGACACAAUGAUGAUCUUUAUGCUGUACGGCUGGUCUGUUGUUCCUCUCAUGUACCUGGGAAGCUUCCUGUUCUCUAGCAGCGCUGCCGCCUUCGUGAAGCUCACCCUCUUCAACUACGUUUCAACUAGUAUCAGCAUCGUGAUUGACCGCAUAACACGACUCGGCGCCCUCGAGUUACCUGCUUCCGUCAAAACCUUCACAGACAAUGUGUUAAGGACGCUUCCAUCUUACAACUUUGCAAUGAGUGUCAGCAGAUUCUUUGAUGACCGUGUGAUAAAAAAGCUGUGCUCCCUGGAAUUUCAAAACGUCUAUACAAACUGCAGUAAAACACUUCUUGAGAACAACAUCUAUAGUUUUGGAGAACGCGGGAUUGCAAAGUUUUUGAUUACAUUGGCUGCCCUGGGCUUAUUUUAUCUCCUCUUGCUUUUCUUUCUGGAGACUGCAUUCUGGAGACUGAAAAUCUUUGUCUUUCAAAAAAUUAUAUUUAACGUGUACAACAUAUUCGUGAAAGGCAAGAAGGCUACAAUAUCCGUCCAAGUCAGCAAGAAACGUAAGGAUGAAAAUGUAGAAAAUGAGAGGCAGGAAGUCCAGGCACAGCUUCUUACAUUGAAGAAUAACCCACUGCUUCUGAAAGAGCUUACAAAGAUUUAUUUUAAGUGUCCAGCUAUCAGGGCUGUACGAAAUAUCUCCCUGGUAGUCAAAAAGUCUGAAUGCUUCGGGUUACUUGGAUUAAAUGGAGCUGGAAAAACCAGUAUAUUCAAAAUAUCGACUGGAGAUGUACCCGCAACCUCUGGAAAGGUGUUCAUAGAUGGCAUUAGCAUCACUGAAAAUGUCAAAAAGGUUAGGUCGAGAAUUGGCUAUUGUCCUCAGUCUGACCCCGUGCUGGGCCACAUGACAGGUCGGGAAUUGCUGAUCAUGUACGCCAGGCUGCGGGGUGUCCCUGAGCCCCACAUUUACGAGUAUGUGGAAACCUUUUUGCAUUCAGUGCACCUGGAACCCCAUGCCGACAAGUUCAUGUACACCUACAGUGGAGCAAACAAACGUAGAUUGACUACUGCUGCUGCCCUGAUGGGAAAGUCCUCAGUUGUCUUCCUGGAUGAGCCGUCUCUUGGCAUGGACCUCAUGGCCAGGCGCCUGCUCUGGGACACAGUUACGUUGAUGUGUAAAACUGGCAAGGCCAUCGUCAUCACUUCCCACAGCAUGGAAGAAUGUGAAGCUCUCUGUACCAGGCUGGCCAUCAUGGUGAAGGGCAGAUUCAAUUGCCUGGGCAGCCCUCAGCACCUGAAGAAUAAGUUUAGUGACGUGUACACUCUGACAGCAAAGAUUAAGAUGGAUAAAGGUGAAGAUCGCCUAGAGAAGUUCAAAGAAUUCAUUGCAAGCACCUUUCCAGGUAGCAUCAUAACCCAGGAGCAUCAAGGCAUUAUCGACUAUCACAUUCCCAGAAAGGAAAUCUGCUGGGGAAAGGCGGUUAGUGUUUUGGAGGAAACUAAAGCAUUAUUCAAAUUAGAAGACUAUUCCAUCAGUCAGAUAACACUGGAACAAGUCUUCCUGACCAUUGCCAAUAUCGAUAAAAUGGAAAGUAGUCAAGAAAUAAAGCUAUGA